AUAGGAGACACGUUUUAUUCAGAUGAUUGGAAUGUCACCAUGCUGUAAUUAUUUUGACCCCUGGUUUGCUUUUUUUUUUGUAAAUGUUCUCUUGUUUUUUUGUCACUGUCGUGUCUAGUUCUGUAGCUUUUGAAGGGUAGUGAUGUCGAGUAUACUAAUAUCAAGACUUUGCCUGAAUUUGGCGAAAAGGUGUACGUCUACUUUAUCUGGAAAGAAUCAGAAACCAGCCAACCUCGUACUGCAAGCAAGUCUCACUGAUACAGCAAGAACAGAAAGGAGUAUUCCAUUGGGUUCCAGCCUUCCCAUCCUGAGGCAGUGUGACAUUCCUGUCCCAUCUCAUCUGCCAGUGAGACAGGCUUGGUUAGAAUCGUUGAGGAAAUAUGAUGAUGAGCACCUUGGCCUGGUGGAUCUACAUCCAGAUGUUUUUGCUGUACCUGCAAGAAUUGAUAUUCUGCAUGAAGUUGUGAUUUGGCAGAAGAACUUUAAAAGAAUAAGUCAUGCAAAAACUAAGACUCGAGCUGAGGUUCGGGGAGGUGGGCGAAAACCCUGGAGACAGAAAGGAAGUGGCAGGGCACGACAUGGCAGCAUCCGAUCUCCUUUAUGGAAAGGAGGUGGUGUUGCUCAUGGUCCUAGAGGCCCAACCAGUUAUUACUAUAUGGUUCCAAUGAAGGAGCGGGUACUGGGACUGAAGACCGCCCUUAGUGUAAAGCUGGCUCAGGAUCUCCUUCACAUUGUUGAUACUUUGGACAUGCCAACUCCAGAUUCCCAGUACCUCUUGGAUUUGGUCAGAUACAGACACUGGGGGGAUUCAGUCCUUAUUGUAGAUAUUGGUGGUGUUCCUUACAGCACUGAAAACAUGCCAGAAAAUAUUCUGAAGGCAGUGGAAAAUCUCAAAACAAUCAGUGUGAUGCCAGUCAUAGGUCUGAAUGUGCAUAGUAUGUUAAAGCAUGAAACUCUUGUCUUGACUCUGGAAACAGUCAAGUUUUUGGAAAAGAAACUGUUGUGGCAUGAUUCCAGAUACACACCUCUGUACUCAUUUAAAUUACCUUACAGUGACUUUCCAUAGAAGUCUGGUAUUCUUCUAAUAAUAUGUCGUUUUUGGAUUUUGUAGCCACAAGUGUACAGCGCUUACAGGAAAACAUUGUUUUUCAUUUUCUUAAAAUCAUUGAAGUUACUGCACAUUAUUUUUACUCCUGUUAGUAUAUUGUAAAAUAUUAAUAUUGAAUAAAACAUUACAUUUUGAUUUGAAA